GAUCUGAAAAAUGAAGAACAAAGAAGGUGGAUCACAAAUAUGUCACAUAAAUAAUGGUAGCACCCAACUAACUACCGAACAAGAAAUUGCCAACAACCUUGCAAAAACCUUUGAAAGAAACUCAUCCAUAGAAAAUUGUCUUCCUCAAUUCCAAAGAAUACAAAGGCAACAAGAACAAAACCAGAUUGACUUUUCCUCUGAUAAUGCUGAAAUGUACAACAAAUCCUUUACAAUGGAAGAACUACAAAAAGAUUUGAAAAAUUCAAAAGACACUGCAGUCGGUCCUAAUAAAAUCCAUUAUCAGUUUUUAAAGCACUUACCCUAUGAUGUGUUGUAUCUCCUUUUAAAUAUUUUUAACUAUAUAUGGACAUCUGGAAAGGUACCAUCUUGUUGGAAAGAAUCUUUAAUCAUACCUAUACCUAAACCAGGUAAAGAUCACUCAGAUGCCAAUAAUUACCGCCCUAUAGCCCUUACCAGCUGUCUGUGUAAAACAAUGGAAAGAAUGAUAAAUGAUCGGCUUGUAUGGUCACUGGAGAAGGACCAAAAUAUUAGUAAUUAUCAGUGUGGAUUCAGAAGAAGAAGAAGCACAAUAGAUCAUCUUGUAAGACUGGAAUCCUAUGUGCGAAAUGGUUUUAUUAAAAAAGAACAUACUGUAGCAAUAUUCUUUGACUUGGAAAAAGCCUAUGACACCACUUGGAGAUAUGGCAUUUUAAAAGACUUGUAUAAAAUGGGUUUUAGAGGACGUCUACCUGUUUUUAUCUCUAAUUUCUUAACAAACAGGUGUUUUCGAGUUCAGAUAGGAACAACUCUGUCAAAUAAAUAUAUUCAAGAACUUGGACAAGGAAGUAUAUUAUCAGUUACAUUAUUUAACAUCAAAAUCAAUAGUAUUGUAAAUGCUAUUGGUUUAAAUGUAUUCUGUAGUCUUUAUGUGGAUGAUUUGUGCAUCUGUUACAGAGGAAGAAACAUGAAUACUAUUGAAAGACAAUUGCAACUUUGUAUUAACACGAAUGGUCAAUCAAUAAUCAGUCACGAAUGGAUUUAAGUUCUCCAGAUCAAAAACUGUGCGCAUGCAUUUCUGUCAAUUACGUUCUCUUCAUCCAAAACCAAGUCUCUUCUUGGAAGAAGAACCUAUAAAAAUUGUAAAAGAAACUAAAUUUCUUGGACUCACCCUGGAUAAUAAGCUUUCCUUUAUUCCACACAUCAAACUUCUAAAAACAAAAACCUUAAAAAAAAAUGGAUAUCCUUAAAAUUCUGACCACAACAAAAUGGGGUGCAGAUUGUACUAUAAUGCUUCGUCUUUAUAGAACCAUGAUCAGAUCCCAAAUGGAUUAUGGAAGUAUAGUGUAUGGAUCCGCUAGAAAAUCCUACAUUAAAAUGCUGGACACUACAUCACACGGGACUACGAAUCUCAUUGGGAGCAUUCAGAACAUCUCCUAUUCAAAGUUUAUAUAUUGAAGCAAAAGAACCAUCGCUUGAAAGACGACGUUUAAAAUUAGCACUCCAAUAUACUGUCAAACUGAAAUCAAAAAGAGGUAACCCAGCUUAUCCUUCAGUUUUACACCCUGAAUAUUUAAAAUUGUAUGAAGACAGACCCAACUACAUCAGUCCUUUUGGAAUACUUAUGAAACCCCACCUGAAGAAUAUGGGUGUUAAUAUGGAAAAACUUUCAUUACCUGAUUUGAGCCAUAUUCCUCCUUGGUGCAACACGAAAAUAAGAAUCUUAUGGAACUUAACCAAACAGAAGAAGUCCUUGACUCACCCAAAUGUAUACAAACAGGAAUUCAAACAAAUAACAGACAGUCUCCCUCAUCAUGAACACAUAUAUACAGAUGGAUCAAAAACAGACAAAGGAGUAACAGCAGCAGUGGUGUUUAACCCCUUCAGACCCUGCGUCCAUUACAAUGGACAUCACAUGACAUCCCAUGUUUUUUUCACUUCCGGAGCAUUUCACCAAAUUUUAAGCCUACAGUCCAUGAAAGUGGACAUUUUUCAUCCAAUCAAAUGGCAGUAAGGCUCUGCAUGAUGUAAUUUGAAAAAAAUCCACUGAACUAAAAAGCAGCAUGGCAGCACUUCAUUCCAAACACAGAAAGUACACAGUUCUUGAAGUCCUUGAAUGUAUAGCAGAUGGAAAUGUCUCAGAUGUGGACAAUAUGUUGAGUGAUGAGGAAGAUGGAGAUACAGUUGAUAGAUCUCCAACAGUUGGGCAAGACAGAGAUGAGCCACUGUUACCAGAGGUAGGGGGAGAAAUUGAGGUUGAGGCAGAGGAAAGUCAGGAUCAAGAAGACAGAGAAGAUCAUGAUGCAGAUGUAGAACCAUUUCUUUGUAAUGUCACAAAGAAAAGUGAUAUUCAUUGGCGUCAGACCCCCUUUACCCCAGUACAGACUACAUGGGAAAGUCCUUCCACUGACCCUCCUGAGCCACUAACACCAUAUGGCUACUUCAAGCAGUAUGUUCCAAGUGAGAUGUUUGAACUGAUGAGCACAAUGACCAAUAUAUAUGCGGAACAAAAGGCAGUCAAGGGUUACAAACAUGCUUCAGCUUCUGAGAUUGAAGUCCUUGUUGGCCUACAUAUGGCGAUGGGCGUGCUUGGUAUUCCCAGAGUGAGAAUGUACUGGUCCUCCAGAAUCAGUAUUGGAAUUUUCAAGGAUACCAUGUCUCGAGAUCGUUUUUUUCAGCUCCGCUCCAACCUGCAUGUUGUGAACAACUAUGAGAGGCCUCCGGAAGACAAUGAUGUGUUCUUUAAGGUCAGGCCACUCUAUGAGUCCAUAAGGAAACGCUGUCUGCAGCUACAACUGGAGGAAGAGCUUUGUGUUGAUGAGCAGAUUGUGCCUUUCAGGGGAAAACUCUCUGUGCUCCAGUAUGUCAAAGGGAAACCUACACCAUGGGGAGUGAAGUUGUAUUUCCUUUGUGGCAAAAGUGGGCUUGCUUAUGAUUUCCUCAUCUACCAAGGUGCCACAACAGAGCUUUCUGAGCAAAGCAAAAAGGUUUUAGGCCAUGGCGCUUCUGUUGUCACGCACUUGUGCCAGAGAAUCAAGGCUCCCAACCAUAAGAUCUAUUUUGACAAUUACUUCACCACUUACAAUGUUCUUGAAGUUCUUGCAGAAAAGAAAAUCCAUGCUGCUGGAACAGCAAGGAUUUGUCGUUUUGCAAAUCCUCCACUAAAGACAGACAAGGAAAUGUCAAAGAAAGAGCGGGGAAACCAUGAUCAAGUUCGAAGUACAGAUGGAAAGAUUGUUCUGGUGAAGUGGUUUGAUAAUCGCUCUGUUGUGCUGGCUUCCAACUUUGUUGGUGUUGGAGAAGAAGAUGAAGUUCAGAGGUGGGAUCAAAAAGAGAAGCAGUAUCUGAAGGUCAAGCGUCCAGAGGUUGUGAAGAAAUACAACAAGGCCAUGGGAGGGGUGGACAAGCUUGAUCAACUAAUCAGCCUUUACAGGAUUGAUAUCAGAUCUCGCAAACGGCCACUGCGCAUGAUUUUUCAUGCCUUUGAUUUUGCUGUGGUGAACAGUUGGCUUGAGUAUCGCAGAGACCAUGAAAGCAAGGGAACUCAGCCACAGAAAAUCAUGGAUCUUCUUGAUUUCAAAAUGAAUGUGGCUGAAGUGCUUGUGUGUGCUGGGAAGCCGCAUGUUUCAAGAAAACGAGGAAGACCAAGCAAUUCUGACACCACCAGUACCGACCCUACUCCCCAUAAUGCAACUAGAGAAAAAAGAGGUGCAAUGGAACGUGGGCCAGUUCCUGAAGUCCAAAAAGAUAUGGUGGACCACAUGCCAAAUUAUGAUGGGAAAAAAGAAGCAACAAGAUGCAAACUGCCAGGUUGUUCUGGAAAAACACAUGUCUUCUGUGAUAAGUGCAAGGUGCACUAUUGCUUUGUGUCACAGAGAAAUUGUUUCAAAGAGGCACACCGAAAAUGACUCUAACAUGACCACUUGAUUUAAUCGCAGAUGUUCAGUUCGUAAACAAAUGUGCAAUUUAGGAAGUAAAAACCCUAAAAUUGAAGUUGAAAUGUUAUACUGUUUAGUUUGUGACAUAAAAAGAGAAAAUGGGUGCAUGUCUAACAUGACUGAAUUGAUUGAUUCUAAAGAUGUUUAGUUUGUUAUAAACAAUGUGCAAUCUAAAAAUAAAAACCAAGAAAUUAAAGUGAAAAUGUUACAUUGUUGAUGUUUGUGACCUUGAAAAUAAACUUCAAGUGUAUACUAACUUUUUUGUGUGGUUUUUUUUUUAUUUUAUGAUGGUAUAAUGUUAGGGAAGUACAACUGUUUGGACCUGAUGUCCACU